AUGUUAUUAAAAUCUGAAAACACAGCUACUUCUCGAAUACGCGAAAGGAGGCGGAAACGUAUUUUGCAAAACUCCGAUCAGCGCAUUAGGAGUAUCUUGAGUGGACCAGAUGGAACGGAGGCGCGAAAUGCACCUGCAAUGGAAGGUGGAGAAGGUUUCAAAAAUUUGGUACAUUCAUCUGAAACUUCACUGAGGAUUGAUUAUGCGAUUGGCGAUUUCCUUUUUGUUGAUACAGAAUAUCAUCUGGCCGUGGACUAUUCUUUACAUAAUCUUUCAUCACUAUGCGAUGUUGAUGGUCAAUUUUCUCGUUCAAGGCUACGUUUGGGAUUGACUGUUGAUCUUUUAUCACAUGCAGGUGCUGUUGUUCAAAAUAUAUGGUGUUUCAUCAAAGAUUCUUUAGUGAUUGCUUUGUCCUUUAUAUUAUUCAACGCACUUUUUUGCAUUUUAACUUUGGUUUUUGGUAAAUGCUGCGCACUGUAG